UCAUAAGGUUAGAGGUAGGUACCUAACACAAGGCAACCUUAGGCAAAUUCAUUUAAUAAUAACUCAGAUUUCCCUUUAUUCUGUUUUCAUGCUACCUGAGUAAUAUCUCGUCGUUUUUUUUGACGUCACACUUUUGUAGUAGUAGUUGUUGUUAUUAGAAUUCAAGCGACUAUAUUUAAGUUCAACUAACAAGAUGGUCUUCUUUCUUGACUACAUCCAACAUAAAAAGGACUGCAAGUUUAAGCAAAAUGAGCGUGCAGAGAGAAUUCGGGCGUUAACCAACUAUCGCGGCCCCUUUACUCCCCUAGACCGGAAUAUCAUCAACAAACCCAUUGAACAAUUAGUUGAAGAUGUACAUAAGGGUGAGCUUAAACCCCUUGACCUGCUCAACACAUAUGGCAAGGUUGCGCUCAAGGCACAUGAGAAGACAAACUGCCUCACCGAGAUUAUGAUCUCCGAUGCCGAACGGUGGAUUGAGGAUGGUUCCAUCAACAUGAAAGGUCCCCUGGCCGGUAUUCCGAUCAGUUUGAAAGACAGCAUUAACGUCGGCGGGUAUGAUUCGACUGUUGCUUUCAGCAGUUUCGUCGGCAACAAACCGUCUCAGGACGGCGCAACUGUUCGACUACUUAAGGAUGCCGGUGCUGUUCCCUACGUCAAAACCAACUUACCUAUCACGCUGCUCAGCUUUGAGUCCACUAACGACGUCUGGGGACGGUGUACCAAUCCGCAUAACAGCAAAUACUCUCCCGGGGGGUCAACUGGUGGCGAAGCAGCUUUGCUAGCACUGGGUGGACGAAUUGGGAUCGGAAGCGACGUUGCAGGCAGCGUUCGAGCCCCGGCCCAUUUCUCCGGUAUUUACAGUCUGCGAUGCUCAACUGGGCGAUGGCCGAAAGCGGGAUUUUCGACAAGCAUGCCUGGCCAGGAGGGCGUGCCAAGUGUGUACAGCCCUAUGACUAGGACCUUGAAUGAUCUGACGUAUUUCACUCAUGCGAUGAUCGGUAUGCAGCCGUGGAAGUACGACCACUCCGUUCACCCUAUGCCCUGGAGAUCUGAAGUGGAAGAAGAGUAUGCGACGAAAAACAAGUUCCGUGUAGGCGUGAUGAGGACAGAUGGUGUGGUUGACCCGAGUCCGGCAUGCGCGCGAGCACUAGAAAAGGUAGAGAUUGCCUUGAAAUUGGCCGGGCACGAAAUUGUCGAGGUAGACGUACCGUCACCAUACGAAGCCCUCCAGAUUGGUGCUUUCUUACUAAACGCUGACGGGUGCAAAACCUUCAAAAGCUUUUUCCGAUUUGGGGAAUGGAACGACCCCGGUGCUCACCAGAUGGAUUGGCUCAUGCGGCUUUCGCGCCCGUUCAAGUAUAUCUACUACCUAUGGGUUAAGUACGUCCGAAAAGACGACGUAUGGGCUGGCCUUGUCAAGGACUGGCAUGAGAAGACCGCGUUUGAACAGUGGCAAUUGGUUUCGAAGCGUGAGGCCUACAGAGGUAAAUUCUUCGAAUGGUGGAACAAUGCCGAUAUAGACUUCCUGAUAACGCCUCCCAAUGCGACGCCGGCUGUACCUCACGAUGGUAUGAAGGAAGCUGUCAGCAGCUGCGGAUACACGUUUUUGUUCAAUAUUGUUGACUAUACUUGUGGUAUCAUCCCAGUAACGCAUGUGGACAAGGAGCUCGACAAGCUGCCAUCUACCUUUAACAUCAAGAAACUGAAUGGAGUUGCUCAAGGCGCAUACAAGCUUUACGACGCCGAGGCGAUGCACGGAUUACCGGUUGGUGUCCAGGUUGUCGGACGCAGGUUAGAAGAGGAGAAAGUGCUUGCGAUUAUGAAGAGAGUCGAGGAUGCCCUCGGCGACGAAAAAUAUCAGCUGCUCGAGGUAGAUUAAUGGUUCGCGAUGGAGAUGUUGUUUUAGGUCUGGCGAUGAUGUUACAAGAUGCCAUGCCUGCAGCGGUUUCACAGCAAGAUUAUUAGUAAAUUACCUGAGCAAAAGUACACAGUGGAAUUUAACGAAUUACGAUUUAUUUGCCCAGAGUCUUCGCGGAAUUUAUAUGCGCAUCAUCCCUGGAUACGUUUGGAGCUGGGGGUGAACCAUUGUCUAAAGACUCCGAUCUCGGGCGACCUUACAGCCAUUUGGUACGAGUCCAGGUCCCGUAUAUAAGUCUCCCUUGAUACCAAAUAAAUGUGUACCUACCAUUA